AUGAUCCAUACUAGAGUGGGACACUACAAAUGUGAAGAAUGUGGCAAAGCAUUUCAUUCUCAUUCAAAUCUUACUCAACAUACAGUGAUCCAUACUGGAAAGAAACCCUACAAAUGUGAAGAAUGUGGCAAAACCUUUCAGUUUCGUUCACUCCUUACUGGACAUACGAUGAUCCAUACUGGAGAGAAACCCUACAAAUGUGAAGAAUGUGGCAAAGCCUUUCACUCUCGUUCACAUCUUACUCAACAUACAAUGAUUCAUACUGGAGAGAAACCCUACAAAUGUGCAGAAUGUGGCAAAGCCUUUAACUCUCGUUCACAUCUUACUAAGCAUACAGUGAUCCAUACUGGAGAGAAACCCUACAAAUGUGAAGAAUGUGGAAAAGCCUUUCACAUUCAUUCAAGCUUUACUCAACAUAAGAUGAUCCAUACUGGAGAGAAACCCUACAAAUGUGAAGAAUGUGGCAAAGCCUAUCACAUUCAUUCACGUCUUACUCAACAUAUGAAGAUCCAUACUGGAGAGCAACCAUACAAAUGUGAAGAAUGUGGCAAAUCCUUUCACUCUCAUUCAUAUCUUUCUCAACAUACAAUAAUCCAUACUGGAGAGAAACCCUACAAAUGUGAAGAAUGUGGCAAAGCCUUUCACAUGCGUUCAUGCCUUACUCGACAUACGAUGACCCAUGCUGGAGAAAAACCCUACAAAUGUGAAGAAUGUGGCAAAGCCUUUUACAUUCAUUCAAGCUUUACUCAACAUAAGAUGAUCCAUACUGGAGAGAAACCCUACAAAUGUGAAGAAUGUGGCAAAGCCUUUCACAUUC